AUGGCAUCUCAGAAUGCUCAACGUCAAUUUCGUGGUGUGAAGAGUAUGAGGGAACUUGCCGAAGCCCCUGCUGUGACUGCCUUCCGCGCACGGUUUGAAGCUGGACGGUCUUUCGACCUGGACGACGACCUGGAGUUCUGUCCGGGUCUCCUCACAGAGGACGAUCUGCAUUCAAUUCACUCUGCUUCCUCGGAUCGGUCGUCUCUCUCCAGCGGCUCUCCCGACUCGUCUCCUCUUCAGCAUCAGAUUCAACCUGUUCAGCAGGUCACACCAUCCAUCUCCUUGUCUCCCGCAUCUACCAAUUCGUUUGUGCAUUCAGGAGUUACCAGUAAUCUUAAUAUGAGCUUCCAACAGCCGUCGGCGGUCCGCACUCGCAAAGUCAUUCCCAUCGUCAACCCUAAUACCGGAAUGACAUUGACCAGCCCACCUACGUCGAUUUCGCCUGGUGCGAUGCAGAAUGCUCAGCGGCGGUGGUGA